AUGGUGGGCUUGAAGAACUCGCUAGUUGAGCUCAGCGGAUUCUCAACAGCGACAACCCGGCGACUCGACGAGACGUACUACUCUGUCCUCGAAAAGAAGAGCAUGCUGCAGAACACAAUCUCGGCGAUCCGCGAGCUGACGGAGGCCUCGCGGCAGAUGACGGGCGAGGUCGUCUCCGAGGCCGACGAGAUGGCGCGGGACGUGGCGGGCCAGCUCGACACCUUUGGGCAGUUUGGCGAGCAAGAGUCGCGCAUCAAGACGCUCCAGGGCCGGAUCGAGUCCGGGCGGACGCGGAUCGAGGGCUUGAGCGGUCGCGUCGACCUCGUGCGGCGGCGGAUCGAGGGGUGGGAGAGGGCGGACCGGGAGUGGCAAGAGAAGACGCGCAAGAGGCUGCGGGCCGUGUGGAUCGUCACGUCGGUUGUGUUUGCGGUACUGAUUCUGCUGUUUGUGGGCGCGCAGUACCUCGGCGGGCCGGCGGAUCUCGAGGGCGCUGCUGGGAAGGCGUUGAAGGGGCUUGAGAAGGGGGCGAACCGCAGCGUUGAAGGGGCCGAGGGGGUGCCGAAGUUGUCGCCUUUGUGGGAGGAUAGAAGGGGAAGGGAGGAGGAAGAGGAUCGGUUGAGGGUGUUUGACGAGCUUUGA